CCGCUUUUGCUGCAACGAGAGUCAUCUUGAACAACAAUUUACUCACGCCAGUAAUAAAAAGAAUUUGCCACGUUUUUCCGGAAUUAUUUAAGUAGAAAAGGAAAGGAGGAUGUUCCACAAAAAAGAAAAGGUCGUUGUUUUGAACGUCCGCAACCCCUUCCGUGGCAAGAGAUUAGCUGGACCCAGACAGGACUAUAAGAGCUCUGAUGAUCAAGUAACUGGUAUCAGUUCUCAGCUCUUUCCAGCAAGGACAACACCUAUUCUCUAAGUGCUUGAGUUAGCCUCUCGGUUGUCCAAUAUCUAUAUAGUUCCAUCAAGAAAAAUCAAACGCUCUUCGACAUGAAAAUUCUAUUGAUAUUUCUGGCUUGUGUGACUCUCACGUACUGCGGAAAAGCUAAAAAGGAAAUUCUCGAUCAACCAGCGAUCAGCGGUUAUGAAUUCGAAUAUGCGGCACCCGGCGAGCACGCUUUAGGUUUGAUCGAAUCGAAUGCUCAUUAUAUCGAGGCCGCCCCCGUCGUCGCCGCCUCGACCGGACAUCGUUCAGGCAUUAUCCGGCCUGGUUACAGCGUGGGUGGACCCUUGGCCAGUAUCGCUAGAGGAGCCGCUGAUCAGGCUCGCACGCAGCUGAACCAGCAACCGUCAGCCGCUGGACAGGCGGCAUACGUGGCCAAGAACACUCUGGCUCAAGCGGCGGCGCAAUCCGCGGCAACGGCAGCUGCGGCUUUAGCCGGCAAACAGAUCAUCGUGAUGGGUCUGGAGCAGCAGUCGAGAGACGCGCAAGUAGCCGUGGACGGCGAGAAGCAGCAACUUCAACAGGCGCAGCGUGCGGCCGCGUCUUCGAAAAACGCGGCGCAACAGGCGAUGCAUCAGGUGCAGGUGAUCACCACGGCGUUGAACGCGGCUCAAGCGACCGCCGAACACGCCGCGCAAGCGGCGGCUGAGGCCGCGGCCGAGCUGGCGGCUCAAACCACAAUGGUAGGCCAGGCCAAAGCGCGUGCCGAGGCGAUUGCCGAGCAGCUCGCAGCGGCGCGUCUGGACUUCGAGACCACGCAAGCGGCCGCGCAAAAAGCCGCCAACGCUGCCCAGGCCGCUCAGGGCAAUGCCGCGGCCGCGGCCGCGCACGCGGCCCACACCGCGGCUGCGACCGCCGCGGCUAAUCAUCACACGUCUUCCCUGCACUCCGAUCCCGCCGAGCCGCUCGGCCACAGCUUGUCAAAUGUCUUGCCGGUGGACGGCUACGAAUUCAACUUUCAUCACCUUUAAAAGACAUAUUCGCGAAACUUUUAUCUAUUCGUAAGUCCACGUUUAUUCGACGACACAGACGUCGUUACGAAUCAUUGCCUUAAUCUUUUGUAUUCUGUGAGAUUAUUAAUUAACGAUCAUGCAACACCGUGUACACACAUGUACAGACCGCACAAUAAAAUAUCAUUCUGAACUGUGUGUCACUCGCGUUAUUUCUCAUCUUUUUUCUUCAGAAAUCUGAAGAAAUUCGAUGCAUUUAAUAAUGCAGAAUAAUAAAACAAAAAGUCAUAUUUUCGACAUAUAUACACACACAUAUAUA